AGUCUGUGAAUCUAUUAUAAAUGUUCCAUGUUGAUUUGACACAUUGAUAACAACAUUAGAUUAGCAUACAGAUUACUGUGGAGCCCGGUCUAGUCGGACUGGCGACAAGUAAAUUGAUUUUUCAUUUCAAUUAACUGGGUAAUUGAAUUCUAUUAAAACAUGCAGAACGUAAUAAACAGCGUUAAAGGCACUGCAUUAGCAGUAGGUGAAUACCUUACGCCUGUUUUGAAGGAAUCAAAGUUUAAAGAAACGGGAGUUCUUACACCUGAAGAAUUUAUUGCUGCUGGAGAUCACUUGGUGCAUCAUUGUCCAACUUGGCAAUGGGCUGGAGGAGAUGAAUCUAAAGCAAAAUCGUACUUACCGAAAAAUAAACAAUUUUUAAUCACAAGAAAUGUACCGUGUUCGAGAAGAUAUGAGCAAAUGGAAUACUCAAGAGAAAUGGAGAAACUUAUAGAAUCUGAUGAUGCAGAUAAUGGGUGGAUAGAUACUCAUCAUUAUGAUAAAGAAAUGUCAUCUGUAGAAAACAAAGUAUCUGAAAUGACUUUAGAGAGUACAAAAGCGGAAAGUAUGGAAGAAGCUGCCCUGAAAGAUAAUUGUGAUGAUGAUGAAGAUGAGGAUGAUGAAGAAGCAGCAGAUAUGGAGGAAUUUGAAGAAAGUGGUAUGCUGGAAGAUGAUCAGGUUGCCAAAGUAAUUGAGCCUGUAGAACUGAAAAAAAAUUUAGAUGAAGAUGGUGAAAUUGUGCGUACUAGAACUUAUGAUUUGCAUAUUACUUAUGACAAAUAUUAUCAAACUCCUAGAUUAUGGCUUACAGGCUACAAUGAAAAACGUGAACCACUAACUGUAGAUGAAUUAUAUGAAGAUAUUAGUAAAGAUUAUGUACAAAAAACUGUAACAAUGGAAACACAUCCUCACCUUAGUGUACCAAAAAUGGCUAGUGUUCAUCCGUGCAGACAUGCAGAAGUCAUGAAGAGUAUCAUAGAAACUGUAAUGGAAGGAGGAGGAGAACUGGGAGUGCACAUGUAUCUAAUUAUAUUUUUAAAAUUUAUGCAAUCCGUCAUACCUACUGUUGAAUAUGACUACACUCAGAAUUUCACUAUGUAAAUUUGAUAUUAGCUGUAUUAUUAAAAAUUGUUAAAUAUUAAAAUGUUUUAAAAAACACAUCAAAACUGAACAGAACUUACAUUUAAUAUGUGAAAAACGAUACAAUAAAAAAAUUAAAUUUUAAGUUUAAAA